GGUGCGCUUUCCCUCUCUCUCUGGACCUCAAACACAUACCCGCGCUGGGAAGAACUCUUGUGUGUUACUCCUGUACACAAAACGCGCGUAGCUUGCGCUUUCCCGGGGCCUGCUGCUCAAUCGAUCCGAGAAAGGGAAAGAGGGAUACGAGACCUCGAUAUUUCCGUCAUCAUCUUUUCUUUGUCUGACUACUGCUGCACACCGCAGGACAUAGCUGGUACGUAGUACAUCAACCAGCCUCCUCUAUGAACAGCGGACGUGCCGGUCGGGCUGCUGGCGCCCCCUUGGCCCUCGGGGUUAGGAUGGCCGUGCUCGUGCUUCUCCUGUGCUCGUGUGGACCACCUAUCGCGACGGGCCAGGCGGAGAGUCUUGACAUCGAACAGAUUGCACAGCGGGAUCUGUACGCCGUGUUGGAAGUAGAGCCAGGAGCGGCGGCCUUCGAUGUGAAGGCGGCGUAUAGAAAGCUCGCCAAGAAGUGGCACCCCGACAAGAAUCCAGACGACACUCAGACCGCGCAGAGCAAGUUUGCCGAGAUCGCGGAAGCCUACGAAGUCCUGAGCGACGACUCCUCGAGGCAGCUCUACGACCACGCGCGUCGCGUUCGAGCGGCCCACGAACAUGGCAACAGCGACAACAACCGCGAACAAUCGGGAGGGCGCGGACGAGGCGGCGGCGGCGGCGGCGCCGGGGUCUGGGAAAUGGAUCCGGAGUGGUUCUACGCUAACGGGGGUGAUUGGGACGGCUUUGGCAGCUCGUUCGGUGGCGGUGCGGCGUUCGGUGGCGCCCCGUACGGCGGUGGCUGGGGCGGGGCGGGAGGGGGCGGGGCGUUUGAGUUCCGCGCUCGCGACCCGAUGGAGCUGUUCGAGGAGGGAAUGUCGUGGGGCGGGCAAGACUUUGAGCAGUACCAGGACUACGAAGAUGGAGGCCAAAUGUUCCGGCGUGUGAUCACCACGGUGAUGUACGGGGACGGGUCUUCGCGGUCCACGGCCCAAGACUUCCUGUUCGAUAAGUCGCUCGACGCCUGGUUCGAGAAGACCGGGCCGUUCGACUACUACGGGCCAGGGGUGGCGCCCGUCGGGGAGCGCGGCUUCGGCCACGGGAACGGGCGCGGCGACACGCCAGUGGACAACGUCCUGCGCAUGAACGAGUUCCUCCGGGUGGGGCACAGCAUCGCCUCUGUCGACCGCAAGUUCACGGCAGUCUUGGAGAGCGACUGCAACUUGGUGGUCUACCACUUGAGAGGAGGGGGGAAGAAGGUGUGGGAGACCUCGUCGUUCUCUUCGGAGGGCCGGUGCUUCGUGGCUAUCCAGGACAACGGCAUGCUGGUCGUCAUGGCCGGGAACGACCCGAGCGCACCCGGGAACGUUCUUUGGAGCAACAACCACGCGCAUGUGGGUUGGUUCAGGCAGAACUCCUUCCACGCCGCGGUACUCCCGAGCGGCAACUUGGUGGUAUCUCAAGGGGAUUCGCCCAUGCACCCGGGCGCUCGGCGCUGCGUCUGGGGGGCGUUUGGGUGUCCGGGUGACGGGGGCGUGAUGGAGUGGAAGUUGGUGUGGAUGUCGGUCAGGAACAAGGCUGGCGACAUCUGGUGCAAGGUAAAGGGAUGCGACGGAGCGGAAGAGUACUCUUACUACAGCGACAGCGGAGGAAACCCUGGCGGUAACGGGACCCGCGAUUCUUCUUCUUGGAAGUGGCAAUCAGGCGGCGGCGACGGUGCCGGUGUUGACGGUGGUGCGUUUGACCCUUGGGCCGCCGGCCGUAGCGAUGGACGGGAAGACGAUGGCGGCGGCGGCGGCGGCGGCGGAGGCGGCAUCAGCCACCUGCUGACGCAACCCGGCACCGCCAUCAAGAAGGCGGCCGGGCGAGGGGUCGCGUGGCUGACGGAAGCACUCGCGAAGAUCAAGUCGGCGGCAGAAGACAGCGCUUACGCGGCCUCCCGCCCUCGCCACUGGUAGCCCUGCUGAGGGCUUCAGAUCUUAUGCGACUGCAACGCAGCCAGGGGGGUAGGAAAGACAGAGACCGAGGAUGGGUGAGGGAGAUACACACACAUGCGCACUGAGGUGAAUUGGCCACGACAGGCCGGGUUCUUCCACGCUUUUUUUUUCGCUGUUGUGUUGGGACCACUGAGUGGGAGAGACUGCCGACAGUCAACCGACUUGUACAGCGUUUUUCCCAAGACAAAAGUCAUAUCUCGUGCGUUCUUAUGUGUGCGUUUUGUGCUCUUACUUGUCAGCCCGCUAUUGAGUGCCAAGAAGCGCGUAAAUUAAUCAAUGCGAAGACGAAGCCCCCCAACCCCUCUGGUUCGUUCAUAUUCUUCGUUCUUGCGUGAGCGCCGCAUCCAAAGUGUAAAAAAAACAAAAUAAAUGUUGGUCGGUUGUUCCCCCGUGCUUGCGCUGUUGCCGUCCAACGAUGAUGGUCUUUCUUGUUGCGGGUUGUGACCGAUUGACGUAGCCGGGUCGUCGUAGACAGGCAUCGAUGCGAGAACGACAAGAGGUGAGAUGGGGAGGGGGGGCUUAACCCGGUGGUUCUCAUGCGACGGUGCAAAUCAGCCGGGGUUUCGCGCGAGGCACAUGUUUUUGUCGACAAUUAUUGUGCUCGGUGUGUGGUGGUGUCAUGCACGCACUGUCUUGUCUACAAAAGCGCGGGGGGGGGAGGACCAUUGGUGUACAUACACGAAAACAGUGCAGCGGAGAAGAAGCAGCCACCAGUUCACCACCGAAAGGGAAGCCUGCGAGUGAGAGCGGUAGGCAGAGGCGAAUGUAUGGGUGUAUGCGUGUAGUGCGGUAUUCGGUAGUCGCGAUGUUGGACAUGCGAAGGUGUCGCACAGCGGUACACACGACGGCGUCAGUAUCGCCCAUUGUUGUGUUGAUGGCACGAGAACGCGGACUGUCGGAUGGGGUAGGGUAGGGUAACAAGGGUGGGUAGGCCGCUCGUGGGUGUUCGGGAACAAGCAGGGGGUUGGGAGGUGCAGCGGCUGGAUCCGUUUGUUUCACGUGGAACGCUCUUCCUUGCGUUUCGCGCAGGAUUGCGAAAACAGGAGCAUGAUACUGCUGGGUGUGUGCAGGUGUGGUGCAAGCAAUUUGAACCUGGUGACGUUUUCGUGAUUUUUCCUACCGAUGAGCAUCGAAUGGCGUCGUUUUUUAUGCACGCCCGUGGUUUGUAGGUGUUGUAUCUAUUUGCUACUACUCUGUACGUAUUCCGCGUGGUGUGUACACGCAUGUGUGCACGUUCCUUUUUUUUUUUUUGCGUGUGUGAUUUUUAUGUUCACCGAGGUUGCAUCGAGACGGGAUUCCUCCGAUUUUGUUCAGUCGCCAAAGUCGUAGUCGACGCUUUGAUGGAGACCUGAUUCCUUCAUCCGCCGAUGUGAGCGGUGGGGGGUCGUGAAAAUGGCAAACUGUAAUUAUUGUUGGUUCAAGCCAGGACUGUCGUGUUGCGCGUGUGUAACGGGCGGCCGUGAAAAAUUAUGUAUGUUGUUGCGUUUUACCGGAAAGUUUAGCGUAGGCUGCCGGGUUCCGAACUGGGCCGGGACGGAUCGUGGCGUGUAAGUGAAAACCCUUUCGUAGAUGUCACUCAGGGUUAUCCUGGGAAGGUUUUGAUGCUUGAGGGGGGUUGGCUGGGUAGGUCGCGGGGGUCUGAGGCGCCCACAAGGAAUCCGGGACUGAAAGUAGCAGGGCACGAGCGGGAAGCAGGAGUUGCCCGCGGGGCCCCUUCUCCUGUUUGCGCAUACGAUAGGGAUGGACGCAACGAAUUGUCGGCUUGACAGCUUGGGAGAUGGCAUGAGUUUUUUUGUUGAUAGGGUCGCUGCUAGUUGGUCAACACGACCGUUUACAUAUGCUUGGUUCCUGCCUACUCCGUGGGACAUGGCCCCGUCUUGAUCCUUUGUUUCUUGAACCAGUCUACCCGACACCACACGACACGAAAUCUUUACUCAAUUUGCCC